UGGUUAUCACUUCUGUCUAACAUAUUCUUCGGAAUUGUUCACAGGCGGUCCUCAGUUCGAACCUGGGUCGAAUCAUGUUUUGCCCGCCCCAACAACUCAGUUCCCGUUACACUCCUGAUAUCCUUGUCUUACGUCUUAUUGGCCCUGUACAACGUCUCAAAAUAUCUCAUACGUUGUACUAUCUCCUCUCUGUUCCAUUCGCGUCGUCUGGUUGGCACCCUGCAAUCCAACCUCGUGCAACUCUUGCCAACCUUUCUACGGCACACUGUCGCCCCACCAGUUGAUGUCACCCGAUCACCUUCCCCGUUCUUGUUCCUGAAGCUCAGCUCCUGGCAAGGCGCACGAUGCUCUGCAGGCCACAGCAUCGGGAACGGCACAUGCACCGAUCGAGUCGACUCUAGAGGGUGGCGGACCAGGGACCCCGCACACGCUUUCAAACCGCCGCCUCAUCGUUCGCGGAACGCCCGACAACGCAGACACACACGGACACUGGCUGGAGCCCAGUCGUUGGUCACACGGACAGCACAGGAAGCAGGCAUACGACCGCGCCGGUCGCUUCGUUGCACGAUACGUACGGGCUGCACGACGCCGACGGUCUGGAUGGGAGGCCAUAGCAGAGGGGGAAGGCGCGGAGCAUCCAGGCUGGGAGGAAGCUGGGGGAGGUCUCUGAAAUGGGCAGCUUCGGCGCAUACAGCGACCGCGAAGACUCAGGGAUUUCGGCCGGGGGUUCUUCUGGCGUUGAUCGCUCCCUUGCUCGUAUCUCGAGGGACGCUGGAGGCCUUCAUUCAUCGCCCGUGAAGGACACUCUCCGACGAUGAUGCCUCGACUAUUUCUCGUACUCUCUCCGAGAUUGCCCAACUCAGUAUCGCGGACGCUGAAGCUAUGGAGGCGGAUAUGCGCGUGCUUUAUUUCACACUGGUUCAGUUCGCGACCACAGAGGAUGGUGUUAUGCCCCGCCGUCCGAUAGAAGCUAUCCUGGACUCCUGGGUCACUUUCCAGUGGACUGGGAAUAAAGACUUUUGUGCGUCCAGCGUGUAAAGUAUUCUACAGCGGGGAGCCAUGCCCUGUAUGCGUAUGUACCUGCAGCCACACAUCUCGCGUGAGUCACCUGCGGAAGCCCCUCCGCAUGAUGACAGCGCGUCAACUACAGGGAAAUCUUCCGCAGGAACGACGCGAUUGUCUUGGUCGCCUCACCCUGCUCUGUCCAGGCAAGCCUAAACUGGGUCGCAAGCUUGCGCGCGUUUUCCCAUUUCCGCAAGCCCUCUCCCUCUCUCGCGGCGGCCAAAACGCGCGCAAACUCUUCCUUGACCGCGCCGGAAGGCUGCUGGCCGGAAUACAUAGGGCGCAUCCCGUUCUCACCCGAUCGGAUCUCGAUGAGGUGGAAGGCGACGUCGAGAACCUGCGAGAGCAGGACUGCGGCCGUGGGCUGGUCUCCGUCAAACGGCCACACGAUCAUCGGCACCCCAGCUGAGAGCGACUCGGUGAUCCCGCCGUGGCCGCCGUGUGUGACAAACCAUCCUGUUGCCUGGGCACUCUUGUUGGGGGCACCAAGCAGUCGACAUUCCAAGCGGCGAGGCAGCGAUUCUCUCCGUUAGCGAGUGUGGAACUCGCGCUGCGAAGGAUGCAUGCGCCAAGAUCUGCUUUCUGUCAACACCUUGAUAUCAGGACUCUCGCGACUCUCGAUGCACGUACAAAGUGGAAAUUCAUCUCAAUCAAUGUAUCCACUAGCUGUUCGAGAUGAGCAGUAUCUCGCGGCCAAAAGAGGGUUCCGAA